AUGAGUCAAAACCAAGAGACCCAUAGAAUUCUAUUCGUUCUGCUGCUGGCUAUAAUUUGCGGAACAACGAUAGUAGCUGCACAUAGCUUCACGCCCAACUUCAGUCCAGUUGGUAGUCCAGGUAAUGGCACUCGAAAUAAAAUCCCGUUUGCAAUCGAGACGCCUGUCAAACUAAGUCGCGCCAAGCGUGUUGCUAUUUUCAAUGGCCAGGGCGUAGUCAAGUUCGUUCCUAGCAUAGCCCAUCCCGUGAAACAGGUGGAUAAGGAUCAAUCCUUCUGGUACUUCUUUAAUGUGCAAAGCCAGUAUGUACCCACAACCAUACCAAUAUAUUGGUGGAGUUUUUGGAAUACAACGGCAUUUGUUUCUACGGCCCGCCAGCUACGCAAGGACAUGCAGGCCACCAUUCAUCGGGAUGAUAUGCGAAGUUUGCUCUAUGAUGGCAUCGAGGCGGGCAUGGAAGAGCUGGAUGGCAGUGAACGCGGCGCCACCUGCUUAUUGCGAGGCAUAUGUGAAAUCUCCCAGCUACCCUUCGAGAAUAGCAAUAUUUUUAGCGAGAUUCUGAAUGCAGUGAUGAUCCCUACUAUUGAUAACGUCGCUGAAAAGUAUAUCAAUGCCAGAGAUGCAGGUCGUGCUGGCGCCGACUGCAUGAAAACCUACAAAGAUUGUAGCCGCAAAGUUUGGGAUUGGAUAAUGAACGUGUCGAAACUGACCUUCUGA